AUGAACAAGAAGAAAGUUGAUCCUGCAGGAAAUUAUCUUCCUUAUCCUGGCUAUACUAUCAUCGCUCAUGCUCUACAUCCGCUACCUGCACCAUUAAUUGAGCUUGUCGCCUAUCUUUCCUCGAGUGAACUUGGUCAUUAUUAUUCAUUUCUUCCAUCUACAAGUUAUCAUGUGACAAUAAAUCCACUUAGAAAUGUCCUCAAGGAACAUCAAUCCCUUUUACAACUAGAACAGCAUGAAUUACAGAAACGAAAUACGUCAUCUACAUGCAUAACAGACAAAUUAUGCUGUUCAAAGGUUCUGUUAAUCGAAGUUCAGUUUCCACUUUGGUGA